CAUAAAGACCUUGUAUUUGUGAAACCAUUCGCAUUUAGUUUAAAAUGGGUUUCGUUGCAGAGCUGUCUGCUGCAGUGGUGCUUAUCGGCAUCGUUUAUUGGUGGUUUAAAAAUGUGAACACUGUCAGAAACAAAUUAAGGUGGUGUGUCAAAAAACCAGGGGUGCCGAUCUUGGGAAAUGCUUUAGAAUUUACUGGUGGAUCAACAGAGCAUUUAAAAACCAUAGGAAGAUGUAUUGAAUACAGUAAAGAGAAAAAAUUUACAUAUAUAGAAUUUGUAUAUAGACCAAUAAUACUGAUUUCUAACUACAAAUUUUUGGAGUUUGUGUUAAGCUCAAACUCACUGAAACUUAUUGAUAAAUCAGAUGACUAUACUUAUCUCGUUCCUUGGUUGGGUACUGGAUUGUUAACAUCUGGAGGUGGAAAAUGGAAAACAAGAAGAAGAAUUUUAACGCCAGCAUUUCAUUUUCAAAUUUUGGAACAAUUUGUAGAAGUUUUUGAGUCCAACGGAAAUAUUAUGGUUAAUAGACUAAAAGAAGAGGUUGAUAAAAAUUCAUUUGAUAUAUAUCCUUACAUUACAUUAUGUACACUGGAUAUUAUUUGUGAAACUGCAAUGGGAGUUUCCAUUAAUGCUCAAGAUAAAAAAGAAUCAGAGUACGUUAGAAGCGUAAAAGAAAUGUGCAGAAUAAUCGUGGAAAGAUCGUUUUCACCCAUAGAAAUGUUUGACACUCUUUUUCCAUUAUCAAGAAACUACAAAAUACAAAAUCAGGCCAUCAAAGUCCUUCACAAUAAUACAUAUAGCGUGAUUAGACAAAGACGAAAAGAGUUGGAAGAAUCUAAAAAACAGUUAGUUGAAAUAGAAGAUGACGUAGGCACAAAGAAAAGAAUGGCGUUUUUGGAUUUGCUAUUAAAGGCUACCGUGGAUAAUAAACCUUUAUCAAAUGAAGAUAUUAGAGAAGAAGUGGACACAUUUAUGUUUGAGGGUCACGAUACCACAGCUUCUGCCAUUUCAUUCGCUAUUUACUUAUUAGCCAAUCAUCCCGAAGAGCAGAAAAAAGCAUACGAAGAACUAAACUUAAUUUUUGCUGAUGAUAAAAACAGACCAACAGGACAUAGAUAUCUUCAGGAAAUGAAGUAUUUGGAAAAUGUUAUUAAGGAAACUUUAAGGUUGUAUCCUUCUGUGCCCUUUUAUGCCAGAAUGGUAAAUGAGGAUAUAGAAUAUGAAGAUGGUAAAGUUAUUCCAAAAGAUACCUCACUUGUGAUAUUUGCGUAUGGAGUUAAUAGAGAUAAGGAUAACUUUAAGGAUCCAGAUAGUUUUAUUCCUUCAAGAUUUGACGGUAUAGAUGGAAAAUCUCCUUAUUCUUAUUUGCCAUUUAGUGCUGGACCUAGAAAUUGCAUUGGACAAAAGUUUGCUAUGUUAGAAAUGAAGAGCACUAUCUCCAAAAUAAUAAGGAACUAUGAGCUAUUACCAAGUAUACCAGAGCACAAAAUUGUUUUGGCUGCAGAGACAGUUUUAAAAUCCGCUAAUGGCAUAAAGAUAAGGAUUAAGAAGAGAUAAUACAUUUUAUAUACGAGUAGGAAGGAACUACUUAUUAA